UCGGUAAUAUGGUUUGAUUUUACAUGUUCCGCGGUACGUAUCAGCUGUUCGGGUGACAGUUUGCCAGCCGUGAGCAGUGCGUCGAGGCUUAUUGUUUGGGAAGCAAUAUGGCUAUCUGGUGAUUAGUAACAGUGCGAUACGUAGACAAAGGGGCAACACGCAGUUCUCAUGGUAGUUGGAGACGCGUUGUGCGUGCCGUUCUACCUUGUUUAAGUAAAACCAACCCAGGGGGAAGUCUGUAGAAUGUUGGAGCUAGAGGUGGUGCCCGAGAGAUCCCUCGGCUGCGACCAGUGGGAAUUUAUUUUAGGUAUGCAUUUUUCCCAGUCUGUGUCAAUAAUACAAUCCCAAGUGGGCAUUAUAAGGGGAGUACAAGUACUUUAUAGCGAUAGUAAUCCUUUAGAUGUAGACUUAGUGAUAAAUUUACCUCACGACGGCGUUCGGCUUAUAUUUGACCCAGUAGUACAAAGAUUAAAAAUAAUUGAAAUUUAUAAUAUGAAGCUAGUGAAACUUAAGUACUGUGGUCUACCAUUCAACUCACCAGAGGUAUUGCCAUCUAUCGAACAGAUUGAGCAUUCGUUUGGGGCUACCCAUCCUGGCGUAUACGAUAGUGAUAAACAGGUGUUUGUUUUAAACUUCCGAGGGUUGUCAUUUUACUUCCCUAUCGACUCAAAGUUUCAGCCUGGGUAUGCUCAUGGACUUGGGUCAUUACAAUUUCCAAAUGGAACUUCCCCUCUUGUCGCUAAAACGGCUAUAUAUGUUGGUAACAUGGCUGCUGGAAGUGGAAGCGACGAGCAUAAUCUAAAGACACCACCACCUCCCCUACCACUUGUAUGUUAUCAUAACAAUCUAUAUCUGGAGAAGGCAGAUGUUAUGCGAGAUAAGACUCGUACCCGAGGUCUUAGGCUGCAUCUCUUCACAGAAGGCAGUUCUGUUACCAGGGUAUUACUGGAGCCGAAGAAACACUGCUUGACCAAGGAGGUAUUAUUUGGCGAUACCUGUGAAGAUGUGUUGAGCGCCUUAGGCGCACCGUCACGUGUGUUCUUCAAAGCAGAGGACAAAAUGCGGAUUCACAGUCCACAUGCGCACAAACGCGAUAAAAUAAGACGAUCUGAUUUUUUCUAUAAUUAUUUUACCUUAGGAUUGGACGUUUUAUUUGAUGCGAAAACUCAGUGUGUUAAAAAAUUUGUUUUACAUACGAAUUAUCCGGGACAUUAUAACUUUAAUAUGUAUCACCGUUGCGAAUUUUCACUUUCCUUGCCACCAGAGAGUAAUUCCACUGAAUCGGGAAAGCUUAUUGAUGUUUCCCCUUCUCCAGUUAUGAUCACUGCCUACACCAAAUGGGAUAGAAUAAGUGAGCAACUGAAGGCGAGUGCAAGACCAGUGGUCCUGAAUCGAGCGUCUUCGACGAACACAACAAAUCCGUUCGGAUGCACGUUUUGUUACGGGAUCCGCGACGCAAUCGUCGAAGUCAUGGCGAAUCAGCACAUCGCAAGCGUAACUUUGUACAGAGCCGCGUGACCUUGAUCAUUCGUGCAACGUGGUGCAUUAUCGAGUGCUCUGUGAAGAGCUAACAGAAAGAAAUGGCGUUGGAAAGAUGCAGCAAAAAAAAAACAAAGCAAACAUGUAAAAUGGAAUAGAAAGAUUCUAACGUUGGCAAUCGCAGAAUAACAGUUACUCUGAAAGGCUGCGUGGGAAGUGAUAAGAGCAACACGUUGUCAGAUAGCGACGCAGCUUUUGUAACAGUAAUUGUAACGUUAAAUGCAUGUACGAGGAUGUUAGGAAACCAGUUAAACGAUUUUAUCGAUUGCUGAGGAAAGGCGAUGCAGCGCGAAGCUCAGGAACCAGGCGAUAUCAGUUUGAAUAUCAUGUAUUGUUGCUUAUAAAUAUUUUACAUUCUUCCUUGGAUUGUAUCCACCUGGGGAAAAUAAAAAGGAGAGAAAAAGGCGCGUGAGAAAAGCAAAAAGAACAUCAACUAAAGGGUACAAGUGUCCGCAAUAUUCGAUAAUAUCAUAUUUAAUAUACCGUUUUUAUCUUUUGGUUAUAAGUAUUAAAUAUAGCUGACAAAAAAAAGUGGUUUUGUGUGAGCGAUCAAUACUGUAACAUUUGAGCUCGAUAAAUUGAAAAGAACAAAAAAAAAGGGAGAGGAAGAAAGAGGGAAGUAGUUCUACAGGAUAAUAAGACUUUUGAUAGUUGAUGAGUCUACCGCGACUAAUAACAACAAUAACGAUUCAAUGAUCGUAAAAUUAUAAUAAUGUGCUUAGUGCAAGCGCGAAAAAACUGAAGAUACCCGUGUUUCAUAAAUGGAAAUUUUGUAACGUAUGCUACCAGGUAACAAGCAACAAAACAAAUAAAAUGAACGGAACAACCAGAAAAUCAUAGCGUUCGGGUGUUGGAGACCGUGUUGGUACCAACCUGGAGACAGUCUCUGUACAGAAUUGUGAAUUAUAGUAUUCUGAAUAUACUAUACGAUAAUUUCUUAAGAUAGCAAUGACUUCUCUUUUAAAAAAAGAAGUACGACGCAAAUUAUCUGCUAACCGGAAAAUAAAAACGUAUGUUUUGUGCAAGAGGAAUUAAAACAGAGAUGGCCUGUUUUUUACACUCCUAUCUAUGUACACUCUUGAACAUUGUGAUACGACAGACUUUAAGAUUUGACAAAUUACAUUGACUACUCUUGUUUGCAUUAACACACAUACGUACAUACAUACGUACACACACUCAGAUAAGAAAAACGCAAAAAAAGAAAAAUAACAAAAACAAUUAAGAAAAGGAGAUGAAUAUUUAGUUGAUAAUAUACUUUUCUUAUAUUUCUCUCUGUGCAGUUAGGUAAAUAUUGCGGUAUGAAUGUAUAACGCAGAGCCCGGUUAGAUCAUUAGUGUUUUUUAGUAUUUAAAUGUAACAAUGGAUUCCUCUGUAAAUCUGACGCGAUCCAGCGACUAACGGAAAGUUCGUUUUUCGUUUCUUUUUUCUACGAAUUUCGAUUCACUUGGAUGUUAAAUUGCACAAUCGUAUAAAGAUACCCUAUAUUCCGAGUUGUUCCCAGUAAACUGUAUAUAGGGUACGCGAGAACAGAGCUAUGUUUUAUGUAUCGUGUAAACCUCGAUAUAAUUGAUAUAAUCUACAGUGAUUAUAAGAUCUGUAACGAAUAAUAAUCGUGAAAUAUAAUAACGAAGACCAUUUCAAUGGACACGUGAAAUAUUGUACGAUAUAUAUAUGAUUACUUUGAUUAACACUUUUGAAAAUCGCACAGACAUUGCGACUGCUUUAUUGUCUUGUUCACUUCGGGCUAGGGAAAUAUCGAGCAUGUAUGUCUCUCGUUUUGAACUUUUAUAAAAUUUUUGUUCGAAUUCUGCGCCUCUCUCAUUGAAAAUGUUUAUUCGAAUUCGAAUUCGAAAACGAAUUGAUCUCAUUGCGUCUAUCCACUGAGCGGGAAACGAGGAAACAACUAAAAACAAAGUGUUAAUCGAUGCAUAAUUGUUUAGGCUAUAGACAAUUUGGGAGACGCGGACAGUGUUUAAAGCAAAACAAACGUGACUGUCCUUGUUUCUCAAAUUCUGUUUCGAAUACCUCCUAUUUUGUCAACGCUACGUCGAGCUAUUUUUGCGUGGAAAUGAUCUCCGAGCGAGUAUAUAGAGUAAUAGAAUUUUUGUGCGUUGCGAUCACCGAUGCAGACAUCGGUGAGAAUAAAGAAAAUCAAUGUUGAAUCAGUGAAACGUUCGGAAAUUGCGUUCUCUAUAUACAGACUUCGAGCAGAUCUCCCAGAGAAGUCUCUCUAUUUACUUUAUACGAGAAAAAGAAAUCAUUUUGUAUCGAAUGGACUAUAAAAAAUCGUGUAAAACCAUUUUUCUAUUGAAUCAUUUUUCUCUUGCCGCGAUAUCUGACUUCGACAAUCCUUCGAUGUACGUAAUUACUUUUGAGGAAGAUCGUUCUGCUGACAAAUCGAGGACGAUCGAUUGUGUGCCGAUAAUAUUCGUUUCGGUCGUGUUUUCGAACGCAAUAAAACAGAAAAUUUUUGUUCAUCGUU